AUGCAUGAUUUAUCAUCAAAAGGUCACAGUGGAGUAAACCAACUUGGUGGUGUUUUUGUAAACGGGAGACCAUUACCAGAAACCAUUCGACAAAAAAUCGUUGAACUGGCUCGUCAAGGUGCUAGACCUUGUGAAAUAUCACGCAAAUUACAAGUUUCAAACGGUUGUGUGAGUAAAAUUCUUGGAAGAUUUUAUGAAACUGGUUCAAUUAAACCUCGUGCCAUUGGUGGUUCGAAGCCUCGUGUAGCCACACCAGAUGUUGUAUUAAAAAUUGCUCAAAUAAAAGGUGAUAAUCCAUCGAUAUUUGCUUGGGAAAUUCGUGAACGUUUAUUAAAUGACGCUAUAUGUACACAGGAUAAUUUACCAAGUGUAUCAUCAAUUAAUCGUGUACUUCGAAAUUUAUCGUCGAAGUCAAGUGACCUUUAUACAAAAGAAUUACAUUAUGAUCGACAUUGUUUAAUAAAUCCACCAAUAUGGUCGAUGAUUGGCAAUACACCACCUUGGCACCAACAACAAUCAACACCAUCUCUUAUUAAAACAAAAGAUAUAAAAGUAUUUCUUUUUUAUUUCAUUGGAGAAAAAUUGUCUGAUUCUUCCAAGCAGGAUCAAGACGAGAAUGGCAGCGACGAUGAAGAGAGUGACAAUGAAUAUUUAACAUCACCAAGACAAAAAACACAACGAAAUCGAACAGCUUUUACCCAAGAUCAGAUAACAGCACUUGAAAAAGAAUUUGAGCAUACACAUUAUCCAGAUGUUUAUGUGAGAGAACGUCUUGCUAAACAUAUUAGUCUACCGGAAAAUAGAAUUCAAGUAUGGUUUUCUAAUCGUCGAGCAAAAUGGCGUCGUGAAGAAAAAUCGAGAAAUCAACGACGUAAUGUGAAUACAAGUGAAUCAAAUCCUGUUUCCAACACAGGAUCAACAAUUACUACUGAUCAUUCGACACCACCUUCAUCUAUAAAUCAAACACCACCACCACCACCACCGUACACAAUUGAAAGUGUGAAUGAAGUUCUAAAUCCCUAUUUCAAUUCAAAUAAUACAGUAUCAGCAUCAACAACAUCGAAAGGUUUUGCGUAUCCAUCAAUGCAGUCAUCGUAUCAGUAUUCAACAUCGUCAUACCCAUGUAUAUUACCAGGAACGAAUUGUUACGAAGAUCUUUCAUUUCCUACUCCACCCUACUCUCGACCAACAUAUCAAGAGUACAAUCAUCUUUCUUCGAAUGUUAUGUGUCAGUCAUGUGAGUUUGGUGGAUUAUAA